AUGCCCGGUCUGCUAUCCGAAGAGCUAUAUCAGCGCCUUUCGUUCUUCGAUCGCACGAUCUCGAUGCUGUGGCGACGGGACCAUCCGCGCACUUGGAUCGUCUCGGCAAAUGGAGAGAUGGAGACCGGGGGGAUCCACGUGCUCGCGCAAUUCUGGACCGAGCAAAAAUAUACGGUCGCAAAUUGA